AUGGCAUCUGUGCACGGGAGACGUAUCUUGACUCCUCAAAGUCGCAGGUUUGCCGCUCAGCAGAUCCCAGUGUCCACAGGCACCCACGCGCUCAUUUCACUUGCCGAUUUGGACGAUGUCUCGUACACGGCCUUGCCAGCUACGCCCGAGCUGGAAUGGGUUGAGACUCCGCCAGCCGCUGAGGAUCCUCUGACUCCGGGUCAUAAUCCCGAGGUUGACGACGGUGUGCUCUCGCCGGAUUCUCCUCUCGCGGUUCGCAAUGCCGCUUUCGAUGUGCUCAACCUCUCCCAGCUUGACUCAGAUGUGCCGAAGGAAGUCCUAUCGAAACUGACCGACGAGACCGAUCCGAGCAGACGCCUGUUCCAAAUCGAGCUUUCGAGCGUGUCUUUAGCCGCCACCUCUCGGCUACGACCAUCACCUCCGAGCCGCAAUGCGCCUGCUGUUCCUGGCUCUCUUCUCCCAUCCGAAGUGGGGCAAGUGCAGUCUCUGAGAACGACUCUGUCAGUCUCAAGCCCGCGGUCAAGCUCAACCAAGUCCUGCGAGGGUACCAUUGGCCCACAUGCUGCUGCGGGCAGAAUUCCAGCUGUUACCGAUAGUAUCAAAACAGAGGAUAGCUUGAAGUUAUACGAAGGGACGAUUGCCACUUCAUCUCAGGCCAAAACUACCGCCAUCAACACCUCAACGGCAAAGUCUCCGUGCUUGACCGAGAAGAAACCUCUAACGCUCUCUAUAGCGUGGGAAUUGAACGCCAACUUGUCGAAAAUCCUGCCAUUUGAAGCGGUAGAAAGAUUCCAGGCCAACUGUCUGAGAUGUAUUGCAACGACGCAAGCAGGUUCAAGAUGCCAAUCGUCAACCGCUCCGAAACUCAAGCAAAAUUUUGUCACCGAAUUGUGCGACGCCCUCUUGUCGCUCCAAUGCUCGUUUGAUUUUGCAGCCUUCGCGAUGCACAUGGCGCCACACAUUGAAAGUGUGAUGUGUGAGCGAUGGCAUAGGACGCCGUCUCUUGCCUGUUUGGACGAAUUGUCCUCCUACUCUUGGGAGCCGAGCGAAAUCGUCACGCCCAACGCACACCAAGCCACAGCUAUUGCACACAGCGUGGAAGCCGUCUUCAGACUCUGGAGCUCGGCUUUGAUAAGCGUUCCACCACAGGGCAAGCUCGCAGACCCACCAGCGCAAGGAGUCGUCGACGGCGUGCAAGACGCGCCCCGCUCAACGUUUGACUUCUCCGGGGCUGUAACCGAGGCGGAUCAUGCGCCCGGUUACCAGGCCUGCCCAAAAGCCCCAGCAGCGUCGAAGGUGGGACCUACUCAAGUCACUGACACGGAGAAACCCGAAAGUCCAGCACCUGCACAGGCAAUGAUCCGUCCGAAACCUGUCCAUGUGUCGACUCACCUCAACCACCGAUUCGUGAAAUAUAUAACCUCUGCAAAGGGCCGGGACCGCACGCCUCAGCAACUGAUCCGAGAGAUCCUCCCGAAGCCCUUGACCCCGGCCGACAUGCACCGCACAGGCUUUGUCUACAUCUACUGGCACCCGCCUAACAUGGGGUACGUCAAGAUCGGGUACGCCACAGACGUGAAGAAGCGGCUCGCAGACUGGAAACGACAAUGUCGAUUCGACCUGGCGGAGCACGCAGUCCACGGAUCCGCCACCGCCACCCAAGUGCGGCUCGCACACUUACAUCGCAUCGAGUCGUUGAUCCACGCGGAACUAAAGGAAUACCGGCUCUUGGAACCCUCCUGUACGGGCUGUGGGAGGAGUCACAGGGAGUGGUUCCACGUCCACCCGAACCAUGCGCAACGGGUGCGGGCGAAAUGGACGAGUCGAUCGUUCUACGCGGGCGGGCUGUUGGACGGCAGCAUCCGCGACGAGGAUAUUGAGGGCUUGUGCACCUUGAUAGAGGCGGAACCGGUGCCGCCGCUGUUGUCUCGGUCGACGGGGAAGAAGACCACGAAAGCGAAGGUAAUGUGGAGCGGUGGUGGUGGCCGUCGUGAUUUGAGGGGACGUCGUUGA